AUGUUUUUACAAGCCACUGUACAUCCAUACAUAAACCCAAUUGUAAGACUUGAACCCAGGACUUUUUUGCUUCAAAGCACUACUCCACAAUGGAGUCAUCUUUGUUAUUAUUCUAAAUAUGCUUGCUGAAAGAAAUUUCUUAUAAUAGGUCUUCGGUGGUUGACGGGGUAUAUUUUGAUGGAACCGGCUUUGCUGAGAUCAACUUUACGGCUAGUUCUCAACGUCAAGUGAUCAAAAUUAUCCAGGACAUCACACUCCUGUCACACAAAGGAAUAUUAGUCUUCCUCAAAAAGGAGGCGAAGGUUUUGUGCCUGGCCGUACUUCAGGGACAGCUCCGUCUUUAUUAUGAUUUCAACGGUACUUUGAUUGAACAGCCGCCUGUCAGUGACGAUUUGACACGGCUGAAGAUUACUGAUGGAGAUUCAAAGACUCUGACCAUUACAUUGAUUAACACAGUCAGAGUAAAAAGGAUCCAAGUACAGAAGAGCUUUGAUCAAAUCUUUACACUAACUUUAACAGAAGACUUACCAAAUUUCAGUGAUAAAUACUAUCUGGGAGGAGCACCAGAGGAGGAGAUGCCUGAAAGUUUAAAGCAGCUGUUUUCAGCGCGCAACUCUGUGAAGGCCUGCAUCAAGAGCCUGAGGGACAGCGUCGGUUAUGUCAACCUGAAGACCAUAAAAGCCUCUGGAGUCAGUUCUGGCUGUAACAGCGACCUGCUGGUCGCUCGGAAAGCUCAUUUCAGCGGGCAGAGCUACAUGAAAUUAGCCCCAAAAGAUGUCAGCAGCCAGAAAGACAAAUUCUACGCCAGCUUCAGCUUCAGAACAGAGCAGAAAAAUGGACUCAUGUUCUUCCACAAAGAUCAGGAGGGAAUCUGUCAAGUCUCUUUGCAGAAGGGCAACAUUGUGUUGAGGGUGAACAACUCAGAGGUCAAGACUCAGAAGACGUACAACGACAACAACAACCACAAUGUUGCUUUCUACAUUGACCCCAAUGGGUUUUAUCUUUUAAUGGACGACAUAAAGGAGAGCAAUGGCGGUAAACCGAACAUAAAGCCGCCUGCUUACACGGGUCCUGAGGAUGUCACCUUCCUGGGAGGAUUACCUCAGCAAAACGUCGACAACCUCACAGGAUGCAUCAGCAAUGUCAUCAUAAAGAGGUCGAAAGGUGAUCAAAUGGUGGAGAACCUGCUGAAGGUGAACGAAAACGAGAACAUUCUUCUGUCCUGUCCAGCAGCAAAAAAACCUCAGCAGAUCAUUGCAGCGGAGCCGAGACGCAAACAAAAGGGUAAUCAAAAGAAGCCGUCGAAAUCUCGCAGCCGCAGUACCAGGGAGUCCUGCCAGGGGGAGCUGUCGCACCCCGAAAGCAGAGCGACGCAUUUCAGCGGCUCCGCCCACAGCUACCAGAAAUACGAUCCAGUGGUCAGAACCAUUUCUCAUCUGUCGUUGGAGGUGAAGAUCAACUCCUCUGAUGGCUGCGUUCUGUACGCAGCCAGCAGGCAGCAUGGCGGAGCGGCCAUGUUGCUCAGCGUCCUAAAAGGUCACCUGAUCCUCUCAGUGGAGUCAGCCAGGAGUAACGUCAAAGUGCGCAGCUUGAAGAAAUACGACGACGAGCGGUGGCACCCGGUUUUCAUUAAGCAUGAAGGGAAUAAAGUCAGUCUGACGGUGGAUGGCAUCAGCGGUCGAGCUAAGAGGAUAGCCGGAGGCGGAAAGAUCCGGAUCAGCGGACCGUUAUUCAUCGGAGGAGUCCCGGCCUCAGUGAAGCCGAAACGUUUUGAUGGUUUCAUCGGAUGUGUCAAGGACCUGAAACUGAACGCAGUUCCUGCAGGAAGCCCAUCGUUCAGCCAGGGGGCGGUUCCAUGCUUCCAGAACCCUCUGCAACCUGGAGCAUACUUCUCCAAACAGGGAGGACACCUGAAGAUUGAUGACUCUUUGGUUCUGGGUCGAGACCUAGAGAUCCAGCUGGAAGUUCGACCCGCUUCAGACUCUGGGCUGCUGUUAUAUGCUGGAACUUCAUCUGACCAAUACCUGAGCUUGUUCCUAAGCCAGGGAGAGGUGACUGUUUCAGUAAUCAGUGGCAAAGGUGAAUUCUCUACCUCGCUAAUGCCUGAAGAACCUCUGUGUAACAGGCGCUGGCACACAAUCAAAGUGGAGAAGAGGAACAACGUUCUGAAGUUGUUUGUGGAUGGAAGCGCAGAGAAGAGCACGGGCCCCAAACAGAACCGUUCUGCAGGGACCAAAGCUACCAUGUACCUUGGCGGUGCACCAAGUGGGGUCGCAGCGGCCAGCCAUCCUAACGGGUUUCCGGUGUUCCACGGGUGUUUCCGCCAUGUUAGCAUCAACCGUCGACCCGUGACGCUGUCCGGACCGCUGUCUGUUCACGGAGCCGUCGGAACCCGAGGCUGCCCUCACAUGUAGAGCCUUCACAUUCCCUGACAGCAAAAUACUGGUGGUGGGUGUCAUGUUACUGUAGCUAAUUUAAAAUAUAUAUUAAUAUUUAUUUUAUUCUUUGGGGGAGAAAAAAAAGCAUAUUUUAUAUUUUCACGUUUUCGUGCCAUGUCUGUAAUUAUUUUCACAUAAAGAUGCACUGAUAUAAAAUUAAAAUGUAAAAAAAAAAAUUAAUAAUACUCCAAUUUUGCGAUAUUUCAUGAAAGUGUUGUGUUCCGACUUCCAUACACUAAUAUUUAUGACAAUGGGGCUUCAUGAACUGGCUAAAUUCAUAGAAAUUGAUGGAUUCAUUUUUUUUUUAAUUGAGCUAACUUAAAUAAGCUGUUAAAUUUUUGUAAAUGUAAGAAAAUUUUCAGUUUUUUCAGUCACAUAAAAAAAUCGCUGCAAACCAAUAAUUUUGACCUUAAAUCACCCCUUCUCUAUAAUUAUUUACCUUUUCUUAAACCAACUUUCUCAUAUGAUCUGCACCCCUUUUAUUUUUGAACCCAUGUAACAAACAAGAAAAUGAAGCUUUUUUUUGUGUGCUAACAUUUUUAAAGUGUCUCAAUGAAUAAGCUGCAACUCCCAGCCCUCAUUUGUUUGAAUAAAGUCUUUUUCAUAUAAAA